AUGAGGCACUGCAUUAAUUGCUGCAUACAGCUGUUGCCCAACAACGAGCACAAACAGCAGGUUGGCUGCGGAGGAGGCCCCCUUCACAGUCACCUGGAGUGCCCCGCGUGCAAAGGAGAGAACAAAAUUGUGCUUCGUGUGGACGGUAAGCAGAUGAACUUGCUUGCUGUUCUCGAGGUGAGGGCUGAGGGCAGUGAGAGCUGGGGCAGGUUUCUGCGCUUCAAGAAGGGGAAGCGAUGUAGCCUGGUUUUUGGAUUGAUGAUCAUGACCUUGGUGAUGGCAUCUUACAUCCUUUCUGGGGCCCACCAAGAGCUUCUGAUCUCCUCACCUUUCCAUUAUGGAGCCUUCCCCAGCAAUCCCAGCUUGAUGGACGGUGAAAACCCGAGCGACACGAAAGAGCAUCAUCACCAACCCUCUGUAAAUAAUAUUUCGUACGUGAAAGACUACCCAGGCAUUAAAUUAAUUAUCAACAGCAUCACAGCCAGGAUAGAGUUCACAACCAGGCAGCUCCCAGACAUAGAAGAUCUCAAGAAGCAGGAAUUGCACAUGUUUUCGGUAAUCCCCAAUAAAUUUCUUCCAAAUAGCAAGAGCCCCUGCUGGUACGAGGAGUUCACGGGUAGGAACACCACUGACCCCUACCUGACCAACUCCUACGUGCUCUACUCCAAGCGCUUCCGCUCCACCUUCGACGCCCUGCGCAAGGCCUUCUGGGGCCACCUGUCCCACGCCAGCGGGAAGCACUUCCGCCUCCGCUGCCUGCCGCGCUUCUACAUCAUCGGGCAGCCCAAGUGUGGCACCACCGACCUCUACGACCGCCUCCGGCUGCACCCGGAAGUCAAGUUCUCCGCCAUCAAGGAGCCCCACUGGUGGACCCGGAAGCGCUUUGGAAUCGUCCGCCUGAGAGAUGGGCUUCGGGACCGCUACCCCGUGGAAGAUUACCUGGACCUCUUUGACCUGGCCGCACACCAGAUUCAUCAAGGACUGCAGGCCAGCUCUGCAGAGGAACAGAGCAGGAUGACUAGGAUCAUUAUCGGGGAGGCCAGCGCGUCCACCAUGUGGGACAACAACGCCUGGACGUUCUUCUACGACAACAGCACGGAUGGAGAGCCGCCCUUUCUGACCCAGGACUUCAUCCAUGCCUUUCAGCCAGACGCAAAACUGAUUGUCAUGCUCAGGGACCCCGUGGAGAGGUUGUACUCCGACUAUCUCUACUUUGCAAGUUCGAAUAAAUCUGCUGAUGACUUCCACGAGAAAGUGACAGAAGCUCUGCAGCUGUUUGAGAAUUGCAUGCUCGAUUAUUCCCUGCGUGCCUGCGUCUACAACAACACCCUCAACAAUGCCAUGCCUGUGAGGCUCCAGGUCGGUCUGUAUGCUGUGUACCUUCUGGACUGGCUCACCGUGUUUAAUAAAGAACAGUUCCUCGUCCUUCGCCUGGAAGACCACGCCUCCAACGUCAAGUACACCAUGCACAGGGUCUUCCAGUUCCUCAACCUCGGACCCCUAGGUGAGAAACAAGAGACCCUGAUGACAAAGAGCCCCGCGUCCAACGCGCGACGUCCCGAGGACCGGAACCUGGGCCCCAUGUGGCCGGUCACCCAGAAGAUCCUGCAGGACUUCUACGGGCCCUUCAACGCCAGGCUGGCCCAGGUGCUCGCCGACGAGGCGUUCGCCUGGAAGAAGACCUGA